GUUCCUGACCCGCGGCGGGCGCCCUGUGAACGGGGAGCGGCCAGCAAUCCAGAGCUACUCCUUGCGAGCUUCCUACGUUCUCCCUCUACACGCAGCUACCGGCAUCCUAGAGCGUCUCCUCCUUUGCAACUUCUCUGGCGCAUCAACCAUUGCAGAAGAAUCCUCGGAGGAGGAGGUGAAUGGGACCAAGCCCUACCAGGGCUAUCUGAAGUCUGAGGAGGCAAGGUGGAGGGACCGGCUCUGCAAUCUUUGGUCUCUGCUGAGUGCAGAUGGCAAGGAUCUCGCA